AUGACAUCCCACUACACCACAGAGCAACGGGAAAUCCUUAAGCAGAAAGGUGUAUACCCCUACGAGCACAUGGAUAGAUUCAACAAGCUGAAAGAAACAUCCCUUCCACCCAAGAGCAAAUUCUUCAGCAGUCUAACCAACGAAGACAUCAGCAACACCGACUACAGGAGAGCACAGAAUGUGUGGAACACCUUCGGUAUGAAAACCAUGAGGGAUUACCACGACCUCUACCUCAAAACGGACGUCCUACUCCUGACAGACGUUAUGAAAAACUUCAGGAAGGUAUGCAGAGCAAACUACGGACUCGAUCCCCUGUGGUACUACACAUCACCUGGACUGGCGUGGGAUGCGUGUCUAAAACUAACCGAAGUAGAACUGGAGCUUAUUUCCGAUCCGAACAUGUAUCUACUCAUAGAAAGAGGAAUCCGCGGAGGAAUCAGCACCAUCACCAAAAGACAUGCCAUAGCCAACAACAAGUACAUGGCUAACUACACCCCCAAGAAGAAAAGCAAGUACCUCCCCUACCUGGACGCAAACAACCUAUACGGAUGGGCAAUGAGUCAGCCCCUACCCAUCAAAGACUUCAAAUGGAUGAACGACAACGAGUUGGAAAAAUGGAUGAAACACAGCUGCAUCCUCGAAGUGGACCUCGAAUACCCGGACGAACUACACAACCUACACAACGAAUACCCCCUAGCACCAGAAAGGAUAAUGGUCAACAAAACGGAAAAGCUCAUACCCAACCUCAACAACAGGGAAAAAUACGUCCUCCACCACACAAACCUAAAACAGUACCUGAGCCUGGGGUUAAAGCUAACCAAAAUACAUCGAGGAGUUAAAUUUACCGAAAGCGACUGGAUGAAAAAAUACAUUCAGCUCAACACAGACCUCCGAACCAAAGGAACCACAGACUUCGAAAAGGACUUCUUCAAGCUCAUGAACAACUCCGUAUUCGGAAAGACCAUGGAAAACGUAAGGAACAGAGUCGACAUCAGAAUCGUCAACGAUGAAAAGAAAUGGAACAAGCUAUCCAAGAAACACAACUUCAAGUCGGUAACCAUCUUUUCGGGAAACCUGGUGGCAGUUCAUAUGAGGAGAACCUCCGUAAAGCUGAAAAACCCAUCUACCUCGGAAUGAGUAUCCUGGACAUUAGCAAAACCCUCAUGUACUACUUUCAUUAUAACUACAUCAAACCGAUGUAUGAAAACGAUGCCGAACUCCUAUUCACAGACACGGACUCCCUGUGUUACGAAAUCACCACCGAGGACUUCUACAAGGACAUUUCCAAGGAUGUUCACGAAAAAUUCGAUACCAGCAACAUCGGCAAAAACCACCCCUCCGGAAUUCCGACCGGAAUAAACAAGAAGGUUAUCGGAAUAAUGAAAUCGGAAACAGGAGAAAAACAGAUAGAAGAAUUCGUAGGACUCAGGGCGAAACUGUACGCCUACAAAAUGGCGGAAGACGGAAAGGAGGAAAAGAAAUGUAAAGGCGUCAAGAAGACAACCAUUAGAAAAAAAAUAACGUUCGACAACUAUAAGGAAUGCCUCUUCAGCGGUGAAAAACAGUGGAGGGGAAUGAACGUCUUCAGAAGCAGACUGCACGAAAUAUACACGGAGAGGAUCGUCAAGGUGGCCCUAUCGGCAAGCGACGAUAAACGCAUCAUCUGCGAAGACGGAAUACACACAAUGGCAAUAGGACACAAGGACCUAAGGCAAUAGAAAUCCCAACAAACUGAUUUUAAUAUCGGGUACUCAUCUAGUUGGACGCAAAAGCCUCUUCCAGGGCUCCGGCUUCCUUUCCCUCAGAUACACCCCCUCCUGAAGUAAUACCUGUACGGAUACCAUAUCCCCAGACACAAAUAUGCUUGGGAACCUAACCAGGGCGUCCAAGUAAAAAUGCUUGUCAAUGGGUUUCAUGGGAUCUAUAUCCCCUCCCCCAUCCUUAUACAUCACCGUGGUACUGUCAAUUUUAGCGAAUAGAACAAGUAGUUUCCCACUCCGGUAAAAGCAUCUCAUGACUUUCGUUCCGGGUUUUCCAACCUCUUCGGCACAUCUCCUCUCUAUUAUCUCCAAGUCUGAUAUGAAGUCCUUGUGGCCUCCAACCGCCAAUUGGAUGGUGAGGUUAUCUUUCCCAAACUUCUUGUCUUUAUUGAUCCCGUAAGCCAAGCAGUCCUUCAGCCGGAGGAGUAUGGGUCCUCCAUCUUCCCCCACAAGUCUAAUGAUUUCAGACCCAAAUCUGUUUACGACAGGUUCCUCAAAGUCAAACGAGUCUACGGGGGAGUCCUGUACUUUGGUAAUUGACAUGGUUAUUUAUUAAACAAUUAUAAUUGCUUACAAGUUGAUCCGAACAAAAAAAAUCUCCACCGAAAACCCCAACAAGCGUGCGGGAUGCGGCGGAUGCGGUGGGCCCGCGGAGGACCGAAUUCAUCGGGUCAACACCCGCGGGAAUUUGUGGCAAAAUUGUCGGAGCACGCAAGUGUACACUUGCGUACCUGCGUGUGCGCGGGCAGGCAUGGGCGAGGGCGGGGGAGGGGUCCGGCAGGCAUGGGCGGCGCAGGGAACUGGGAAACCGGAAGUGGCGCUGUCGAUUCUAUUUCGGGAAGGUGGAAUUCCGGGAAGGCGAUUCUAGGCGUGCCCAUACUUGCCCGGAUCCAUUAUAAUUUGCCUUACAUGAAGUAUUAACCAAAAUGUCUUAGGAUCGGCCUUUAUUAGCUACUUCUGCCCUCCCCCCCGGUUCCUACGCCCCUGGGCAUAUGGUUUCGAACAUGUUACAACCAGUCCUUACUAUUCGCAGGCAAACGGGUUUAUCGAAAGGAACGUGCAGACGGUGAAGAAUUUGUUACAGAAAUGCAAAGAGUCGGAUCCACAUCUCGCUAUGCUUUGUCUGCGAACAACACCCAUCACCUGCCGGCACCUGCAGAAAUGUUGAAUUCCAGAACCUAUCAAUUCAACCUUCCUAGUUUGUCUAAACCAACUUUGUUUCCAAAGGUAGACGAUGAAACUACAUAAUGCAAAAUUGCAAGCAAGACAAGAUCUGAAAACGUUUUAUUAUGACAAAUCAUCAAGGGAUCUUCCAGAAGUAUACCUAGGUGAUAAUGUUCGUGUACUCGACCCUUUAAUCACAAAUGGGAACCUGGUGUUGUCAAGGACAAAGAACAAACACCAAAAUCAUAUAUUCUUGAUAUGCCUAGUGGUAGCACUUUAAAGCGGAAUCGUCGACAUAUUCGACCAUCUGUUGAAUCAUCCAAUGAAGGUGUUGACGACAACCCAUCUACCAGCAUUACUGCAACUGAAUCGUCACUGAUACCAGUGUUCCAACUUCACCACCCAAAGUUGAAGAGACACGAAAUGUUCAAACCCUGA